GGGACAUGGGACGGCAGAGAUGGAUGGCCGUGUUGUGGCAACUCUAUGUGGAGUUGUUGAACGGGUUAACAAGCUUGUUUACGUGAGAUCUUUGAGAGCCAGGUACAAGCCAGAAGUAGGUGAUAUCAUUGUGGGUCGAGUGAUUGAGGUUAUUGGGCAUUUUCCAUUAGAAUCCAUUCUCACAUGUCUGCUUUAUUGGGUUAUAGGUGCUAUAGUAAAUGCAAAGGUAACAUUAUAUAUUGCAGUUGUGUAGUUGAAUUUUCUCGAUCUCUGUUUUCAAUACAAGGUUGAUCCAAAGCAAUGGAGAUUGGAGAUAAACUUUAGCCAAGAUGCUGUAUUGAUGCUUUCAUCUAUGAAUUUGCCAGAUGGCAUUCAGAGGCGACGAACUGCAGUUGAUGAACUAAACAUGUGAAGUAUAUUUGAGGAGAAUGAUGUUGUUUGUGCUGAAGUUCGUGGUUUCCAGCAUGAUGGUAGUCUGCACCUGCAAGUUAGAAGCCAGAAUUAUGGAAAGAUCAGAGGACUACUUUUGUUUCUGCACUUGCAAUAAAACCCUAAGCUCGGAGGACUACUUUUGUUUCUGCACUUGCAAUAAAACCUUAAGAUCGGAGGACUACUUUUGUUUCUGCACUUGCAAUAAAACCCUAAGAGGAGUAAGGACUAGUUCUUUUCUGUUCUACAUUUGCAGUAAAACUCAAAGGCAGCUAAAGAGUUAUUUCCCAGCAAAAAUGGUUAACCCAAAUGUAGCAGGAGGAGCCGGUGAAGGCAACAGCAAAGGCGACAAGGGCAAGGGAAAGAUGGUGAUGGAAGACAACAGCGAUGGCGAUAAAGGCAAGGGGAAGAUGAUAAAGACUUCCAAGGACGACAUCCCAGUUCUACCUGAGUUGGAUUUGCAGUCGUAUGAAACGUUAGCAGAAUCGCUCCACAAACAAAUGCUUGAGGUCAAGGCAUGGAAGGAGAGAUCGUCUGAAGAGUCUACUGUGAAGGAGGGGAAAGAAGAAGAAGAAGAAAGAAAAGAAUUCCCGGAAUGGUAUGACCCCCUGGCACUCCAGCUUGAAGAACCUCUAAUUCACAAUUUGAGGGGUUCUUUCCAGACAGCAAUCAAGAAGAUUGCUGCAAAUGGUUACAGUAUGGAGCAGGCAGAAUGGGCUGUGCUGACAAGCGGGUUUUACAUCGGGAACAGUGAUAUCACUUCAAACAUUGUAGCGGCUGCCAUGGCGUUUCUGGCUAAGAAGGAGUUUGAAAUUGAUCCCUCUGAGCGCUACAUAUUUGAGAGUGUGGAAAACUUGGCGAAUUAUGCGUUGGUGGAGAUGGUGAAUGUGCUGAAACAAGUGAAGCCAUAUCUGAGUGUGGGUGAUGCAAUGUGGCUACUGUUGUUAUUCGAUCUCAACCUGAUACAAGCAGCCUCGGAAGGGCAGUCUGUGGACCAUUUUAGCCAGCUGAAAAGCUCCACCAGCACAGGGAAUCCAAAGGGGAUGGCAGAGAUGAAGAAGAACAGUAGAGGUGAAACUACUGUGUAUGAUGUGCCUGCUACUACCACCAUCGUUCCAGAAUUCAAAGGAGCCAAACGGGGAAUAAAGGCAACUGGGAAAGCCCCCAGGAACGUCCCUGGAAGCUCGAGGAAGGUGACAAUGAAAACCCAAAGGAGCAUCGAUAUCCCAGCAAAGAAAGCUACUGAAACCCCUAAAACGGAGAAAGAUGAAGUGAUAGCGGCUCUAACACAGCGCAAGGAACAGCUGGAGAGAGAGUUGCAGGGAUGGAGUGAUUGGACGAGCGUGAGAGUUGGGCAGGCAGCUCAUCUGGCUCUUUGCGAAGAGUGCAAUGAGCUUCACCAAAGGAAAGGAAUGAAGGUGUCCUACUUGUCGAACCCCAAAGCCAUGACAACAAGAACCUAAGCUGGGUUGAUGGCAUGCAAGAGUUCUAGUUCAAUGGUUGAAAACUAAGAAACAUUAUUUGAAGAUAUGCAUCUUCACUCAUGUGUACUAACUACUCACCCGCAAACCACACAAGAAAUAUAAAUUACAUUAGAAAAACUUUAGGUGGACUCGAGGAAGACAAUGUGAAAUAUAAUAUUGUAUUUUCAUCUUUAUAAGUUGUAACAUUCAAGUAAUAAUUAGUUUGGUAGUAAUAGUUAAUUCAGUGACAAAUGUAUUGCCAAUCUCAUACAUUUAGAAGUGUAACGUAUGCAAGUAUUACAUUUACAUUUAAUGUACAUGUAAUAAUUAGUUUUAUGGAUGCAA